AUGAAGAAAGAGAGAAUACAUGAAUACAAUGUAUUAAAAAUGAAAAGUCCAUCUAAAAAAAAUAUAGAUAAAAAUAUAUUUUUUAAUCAAUGGGAUAAAGCGAUAAUAGAUAAAGAUGUUGUUGAAUAUAAUCCGACAUUAAGAAGAAUGAGGUAUGAAGAUCAUGAAUCAUAUAACAUUGGAUGUUUGCUCUAUGAAAACUACACUACUGCAAAAUUGCAACAUGGAAGCUUUCAUAAUAUUUGUGAAUAUUUCAAAGAGUUUUUAGAUGAUAAGAUAAAUAAAUACAGAAAUAAUAAUAGGUUAUGUAGUUCAAACAAAAUAUUAAAUGAAAAUUUAAGGGCUUUAUGGAAAGCACAACAAGAAUCUAGGGAAGAAGAUGUAGUAGAAAAUUGGUGCGAAUGGGAACCAUCUACUGAAUACUAUUGUUAUGCUAUAUCUCCACUGAAGGCUAGUUUAUCUACAUUUUUUAUCUUAUUAAUAACACUUCUUCUUGUAUUUUUCAUUUAUUAUAAUCAUCCUAAAAUCAAGAAAUUUAUAUAUGAUAAAAGUUAUAGGGAUUAUGUAAUAAGAUAUUUUAUGCAACAUUUACUUCCCUAUAGAAAUAGAGAAGAUUUUUCAUUAGAUUUCAACACAAUAAGAUUAAUGUACACAAUAUGCAUUUGA